CUCUCUCCUCCAUUGCAACAUUUAUUCACAGUUCUUCUGUUUCAGCUUUCUUCAUCAUUUACUAUUCAAUUGAAUAGUAAAUUAUUCUCAUACCCAGAAAAAAAAAAAAAAAUGUUUUCUUGGGAGAAAUCAGUAAGGGGAGACAAAUCUAAAAAACAUCAGGCGAACCCACCAUUGUCAUCCACCCUUCCGUCCUUUUCUUCCACCCUUCUCGACGAAAUUUACCACUCAAUCGACGCCGGCACCGUUAAACGCGACGGGCUGAAGCUUCCCAGGGACAGAUUAACGACGAGAGAACAGAUCAAUGACGGCACCGUGACCACCACGACGAAGAUCAAGAAGCCCGUCAGCGUUAAAGAUGAAGAGACUGACAAUCGCCGGCGAGCAUAUCGGGUCGAAAAAUGGAUGGAGAAUAAAGUACAUCAUGAUAAGAUCUCCACUCGCCGCCGACAAUCACUGCCUGAUUAUGAUCGUACGUUUUUCACCUCUUCAUGGAGCUCGUCGGAUUCUAGCUCCGGCGGAGAAACAGAGUCUCCGGCAAUGUAUAAACCAAGAAGUUCUUGUUUCACGGGAGCUCCAAUAUCGGUGAGGACAUCUACAAAUCCUACCCAUUCGGAAAAAACACCCAAAUACUCCAAACACACAUCAAACAAAUCCUACCCGUUCGAUUCAAGGAAUGAGGACAUUGAAACAAAAUCAAAGCUCAGUGCUUUGAAGAUGUACAACAAUUUAAAGAAGGUGAAGCAGCCAAUCUCUCCUGGGAUUCGGCUUACAAGUUUCUUGAAUUCUCUCUUCAGCCAUGGAAAUGGAAAGAAGACAAAACAGAGGAACGAAGACGACGUCGUAUAUGUCGAGAGACGAUCAAAACCAGCUGCAAAACAAACCUCGACGUCAUCAAUAUCGGCAUGUUCAUCGUCUUCUUCAUACUACCGGUCAUGCCUAACAAAUAAAACCGGAUCCUCUGUUAAAGAAAAGAAACCCGUUAAUAAUAAUAAUAAUAAUAAUAAUAAUAAUAUCCCCGGGGCGAAAAGAACGGUUAGAUUUGACCCGGUUAGUGUGAUCGUUGAUGAGGACGAUGCGGGUAGUGAUGCAAGUUCGGAUCUUUUCGAGCUUGAUCAUUUGGCAUUCAUGGGAUCCUAUGACAACAUCAGAGAUUAUAACCAAGAACUUCCUGUUUACGAAACAACUCGGGUUGGAUCCAUAUACGGGCGGCGGAUUCAUUCUUAAAAUUUAUUUGUUUUUGUAUUUAAUUUGUUGUCUGUUCUAAGCCAGAUUCAGAUGUCUUUGCUCAUUCCCUUUCUCUUUCGCAUUUAUUCCCGUUUUUUUGUCCAUAUCAUUAAAUCAUCCCCUAAAGUCCUUUCAUAU